AUGGGCACUGCUCCGGAGAACGUCGAUCUCCUUCGCGAGCUGGAAGCUGAAUGUGAACUCACGCUUUCUCAACUGGCGAAACCACUCCGCAAUCUGGAGGCUGGACUGGUAUGGGUGGAGGAGCAAGUAGCGAAGCUCGCCGAGCGCUCCGAUCUCGAUGGAACUGAGGCGCUGUCCGCCAAGCACAGCCGCGAGGGUAACAUAUUUCGGAUGUGGGUACAGACCUUUCUGGAAAUUGAGCAUGGGGUGGUGAAGUCAAAGUCUGCGUAUACGGAGGCUUUUGUCGAUGGCGUGGUGGAAGAAGAGGACAUUGCGAAGGACGCGUACUGGACUAUGUUGGCGGUUACUGACGUCGAGGAGCGAGCCGACGAGGAGGCCAAGAAAGCCCGCACCGGUAUCCAAGAGAUCGUUAAACGCGCCGAUAGUCUUCUCAAUCUCUGUAACUCAUUGGAAGAUCGCUAUAGAGAAGCCGGCGUCACCUUCCACAAAACCCAGCGCGCCGCCCGCAUCGCCUUGGAACUCAAUGAGGAUCUGGAUGUAGACCGUUACACAACCCUCAACAACGCCUUCGUUGUUUUAAGCUACGAAGAGAUCUUUGCUCCUCUCAUGGCUUUGGUUAAGAGUCUCACCGCGCUCCGCACAAAGGCACGACUCAUCCCAUCAUCGACCGAGGCUCAUCAGCUCAAGUUUACGCUGGAGUUCACUUUGGUUCCUGCGAUGAAUGUACUGGUCUCGGACUAUGAGAUGUUCUCGAACAAUCUGCGUAGCCUCGAACAAGAUGUGCAUGAACUGGAUGUAUUCAGCAGGCAGCAUUUCCAAUUCAACGAUCAAGGCGAGCGUUGUGCUUGGUAUGACCCCGUGUUGGAUCUAACCAAUGGCAAAAGAACUGUGCGGAGCCAUCAUAGGGAGUAUGUUUUGUUCGCCGACUGGGUUUAUAACUUACCCGAAGCGCGACGUGCUUUGGGGGUUCAAAUGGAGAUUGACGGACUGUAUGCAUCUUGUACUCUCUUUGAGGACAGGCUGUUUGUUUAUGCGAUGGAUUUGAUUUGGCAUGCGAAUGAGGGGUAUGUUGAUGAGGGUGCGCAGUAG